AUGUUUGAAGAAGACUUGCUAGCGGUUAAUAGGGCCGGAUUAACCAACCAGCAAGCAGGGCGCGAUAAUACUUCCGCCCGGCCCGUAUUUUCUGACCCGGAAAUAAAAAGUUGUGAAGAGGCGAGUCCCGGCCAGAAGCAAGACUGCCUAGGCUGGCGGCGGCGGCUGUUGAUAUUCGAGCAAAAGAAAAAUUUCGCGGCUCGGCAAAAGUUCACAAUUGGCGCCCAACGUGACAGGUAUGGCAGUGACCGAAGUGAAAUUCCUAAUUCCAAAUUUUUAGGUGACAGGCACGACAGGAGCCGUAACGAAACCUUUCCAAAUUUUUUAGGUGACAGGGCUGGUUCUACCGAAAAUAUUUUAGAUUUUAAUUAUCAGGUAGGUCAACAGUCAGUACCGGAGGCAGUUGUUUGUAAAACUUCUCCAGGAUUUUCAGGUAAUGAGUUUGACGACGCACAGAAAAUUUUCAAUUUUAAGUCUGCGGAAUUCGCGCCAGAACAAGUUUCACCAGUUUAUAAGCCUACGCCAGCACAAAGGCUCUCUGUUAUUCGUAAACGUAAUAAUCUUUCAAAUUCUAGGAAUAGGUGCAGAAUGGUUCAAGAGGAUGAAAAAGUCGAACACAGUCCUUCGUUUGACAACCACGGGGAAUCACUGCAUUGUCAGCCGAGUGUAAAUACCAAACAUCAUAGGUUGGUCCGACAUCACGAGCUGUUAAAACCAGACAAGUUUGAUGGCACUGGGUGUCUCAAAACUUUUCUUAAGAAGUUCGAGAUAUGUGCUAUGUAUAACCAAUGGAGUAUGGACGACAUGGAAGCGUAUCUGUCAUGUUCGUUGACAGGUGAAGCUGCUGAAGUUCUUUGGGACUUAGCGGGACUAAGUUAUCAAGAAUUAGUAACAAAGUUAGAAAACCGUUAUGGAACGAGUGGUCACGAAGAAUCGUAUAGAUAUGAGUUGCAGACUCUUCGACGCAAACCAGUCAAAGUUGGCGGUACAUUUAACAAGAGAUUUUUUUUAUUUGCUCUUAAUGACGCUGAUUUAGAACUGAAAGUUAGGAACAUGCAGGAUACAACAGAAAACAGGAUGAAGGCAGUGGAGCGGCAAUUAAACGCGCUUCGUCAAUCGGUUGACGUCAUUCAAGACCAUAAGGUACAGUCAGCUGUCCCUCGGAGCAGAGGUGAAAAAGUUUGUUUUGGCUGUGAAAAACCAGGACACUUCAUCUCCCAAUGUCCUCAGAAAAAUAUACCAAACAAUGAUGAUCAAACUUUAUAUCUGCCGAUUUUGAUAAAUGGCAAAAAAAGAUUGGGUUUGUUGGAUAGCGGAAGCUGCGUAUCUAUCACCCCGUCCUCAAUGGUUGACGCCGCGAGUGUCAUACCUACCAAAAGAUCGCUGAAGGCCGCUAACAAUACAGAGAUUCCAAUGAAGGGGGAAAUGAGACUAUGGAUAAAGGUUGGUGGAUUUUCUAAGCUUGCCUCGGUUUUGGUAUCAGACCACGUGUCAGAAAUUAUCUUGGAGAAAGUGAAGUUGGUCACUAAAAGAUCGUCAGAGAGGCAAUUGUGUCGAAUCUAUUCCAGUGUGGAAGUGCAAAUUCCGGCACGAGCUGAAAUAGAUGUACCUACAAAAUUGGUGGUACGACAGCCAUCCAAAUUAACAUUGACAGAUUGCGUAUGUUCUGAGGCAGGGCAAGUGACGUCGGGUGUAUUUGUUGCAAGGACGUUGCUUCCGAGAAAAUACGAGGGUCAAUGUGUCAGAAUAUUAAACGUAAAUGACGAAUCCAGGGAUGCCCUCGAAGAAGGAAGGCGUAAAUUAUCUGAAUUAUUAAAUAAUUUUCAGGAUAUAUUUAUUGAUACAGGUACAGAAAUUGGAGUUGCAAAAGGGUUUUAUCAUAGGAUCAACAAAGAGCAGGCCCGGCCAAUAAAGCAACAACUCAGACGUGAGACUUACCAUGAAUUUGUGAAACAAGUGCUCAACCGGUCAUUAGUAGCUCAUCAAUUGGCGCGGGAAAGGCUAAAGACACUUUAUAGGAAGUCAUUGUAUGAUGCUAAGGUCAAAGUCCUGACUCUACGACCGGGAGACAAGAUAUGGUACCUGUACCCAAGAUCAUGGCAAGACAAAUCUCCAAAAUGGGAUAAAACAGUGCACCAAAUGUGGGAGAAGGAUGUUGACACGCAACCACAAGAGACAUUUCGACAGGUGCUCUGGAGCGCAUCAGAUAGUCAGCUAGUGUCACUGGGACGGGCAAUCCCGUAUUUAGAAAACAAUACACCGGAAAAGGCGGUCAACGCUUUGAAAUUAUCUUUCCCGGGUAUUCCGUCUAGUGAAUUAUGGAAUAGUUACAUAGUUGCAAAGGCAUCAAUGAGUGAACUGGUCGCAGCAUUGACCCCGAGCUUCUCACUUGAAAAUUGUGCCGAGGAACCGACACAACGAAAAAGACGGGCAAGCGAAGCUAGGCGGUGGGCGAACCAGUUUAUAGCCUUGGAACUGCCCGAUGAAGCCCACCAAGAAACAUCACUGGAGUCAGUGCCCAUGUCGAGUCACGUAGAAGUAGCGGGCGAAAGCUUGGUCGACACACCAUGCUCAACUGUCAAACCGUCGCUGGUGGACUGGAUACUGGGAGGCCAGGUUUACGAGGGCGAGACGCCUUUCCCUGUAGACCAGGCUUCGACUAUAAGCACUCCAGAGUGGGCAAAGGAAGACAGCGACAUAUUCCCAGCAACAGGCCCAGCUGUAUCGAAAGGUAAAAAGAGAAGAAAGUGGCCGUCCAGAUGGGGCCCGGAAUUGAUGACGAUCAACGUCUUCAGCUUCGACGAGGAGCUUUGA